UGUUUCGCGAUGUAUGAGAAAUUUCACAAAUUUCACAAUUCUACGAUGCAAACUAGUAUUGUUUUUCUAUCAUGCUAGUAUUUUUGUACUAUAUUGUCGUCGAUUCAAUCAUUAUCGACAAUUAACAAGUGAUCUGUAUAGGUUACUAAGAUAAGCAGACUAGUUCUGAUUUUAAAUAAAUAUAUAGUUAUGUUUUAUUAUCAUUCUACUGUCAAACAUACUUCAAUAAUUGUCAUAACAGUGUUUAUUCAAUUUCAGGUGCGCUCUGGAUUAGAAUUUUUGUCUGUCGAAAGCUUAAAAAUGUCCAAGCUUGUGAAAUUUACAAAACUUAGAUCUACUACAGAUCACACGUUUUGGGCAAAAUUUGCAGAAUUGAAAAUAGACAAAUUCAAAUUGGAUGAGAAGGCAGUAAUUAAUGUAUGGGGAAGCUAUAGUCUUCAGUCUUCGAAUGAAGACAAUACCAAUCCCUUGGUAUUGGAUUUUACAUCGUUUAAUGAGUCAUUUUUAGAGACAUAAAAACCGUUUCUCACAAUUCGUCAAUAAUUUGUUGCGGAAAGAUGAUUAAUACAAAUACUUAUGAAGCAUUUCGGCAAACCAAUCCUGGAACAUUCAUCGAUACCUUGGGAAAAGCUGUUAUGGAUAGUAUUUUAGAUGGAUCUAGUUUGCAAAUGCCAUGGAAAUUGUCGUUGUUUAUAGUAUUAGCGUAUUCAGAUUUAAAGAAAUAUAGAUUUCAUUAUUGGUUCGCUCAUCCAACUCUAUUGAAAUUACCUGAAAUCUAUUAUGAAGAACCUCCAAAGUCGAUUAACGUAGAAUUCACAGUUACUCAAGUAGAAGAUCUAUGUAAAGGUUUUCUCCAACUGGACAGUGGAUCAAAAAAUUACUUUACAAUUUUAAUAUCUAGUGAAAAUAAUAUGAGUAUCGUCGAUCUGGCAACAGGCGUAAAUAUAAUCAAGAUGUAUAAAAGCAAUGAAAAAGAAUUACAGGAAUGUAAGGACAUUUAUUUUGGAUUUUACGAUCCUUGUAUAAGCCCUGAACCAGGAUGGCCUUUACGCAAUCUUCUUUGUUUAUUAUUCUGGCAUUGUCCUACGUACUGUUUCACAAGAACUAUUAAAGUUAUAUCUAUAAGAGGAAAUAAGGCACAAAAAAGUAUUGUUUUCAAGCUUAAAGUUCAGGAACACGAAAAUAAUAAAAUAAUUAGAGAUAAUUUAUUUGAAAGUCAGUUAGUAGGUUGGGAGAAUAAUGCAAAUGGUAAACUAGGUCCAAACAUAGCUGAUUUAUCGGAUACAAUGGAUCCAGCAAGGUUAUCAGACAGAGCCAUCAAUUUAAACUUGAAGUUAAUGAAGUGGCGUCUCGUUCCAAAUCUAGAUUUAGAAAAAGUUAGUAAUCUUAGAUGUCUUCUACUGGGUGCUGGAACUUUGGGUUGUUCCGUAGCAAGGGUACUUCUAGGUUGGGGAGUGAAUAACAUAACUUUUGUUGAUAGUUCUAAUGUUUCUCACAGUAACACUGUAAGACAAAGUUUAUAUUGUCAUCAGGACGCUGUAGAACAUAAGUAUAAAGCUUAUGCAGCUAGAGAUGCGCUACUUAAUAUAAGACCAAACAUAAAUGCAGAGGGUGUGGUUCUACAUAUUCCGAUGCCUGGACACGUUGUUGGUAAAAGUAUGAUGGAGUCGAUGAAACAGUCACUGAAAAAAUUGGAAGAACUCAUUCAAAAUACUGACGUCGUCUUCUUUCUUUUGGAUUCUCGGGAAGCUAGAUGGUUGCCUACUGUAUUAUGCGCGGCAAUGAAUAAGAUUGCUAUUAACGCUGCUUUAGGUUUCGACUCGUUUACUGUACAGAGGCACGGUACUCGCAAUUCGUCUAUUCCAUCUUCUCCAGAUUUAGAUAUAAAAAACCCUUCUGGUUCGGAUUUGGGUUGCUAUUUUUGUAACGAUGUAACACAGCCUGGAAAUUCUCAAACUGAUAGAACGCUAGAUCAACAAUGUACUGUUAGCAGGCCAGGCUUGUCGCAAAUUGCUGCAGGAUUAGCCGUCGAAUUGUUGAUAGCUUUGUUACAACAUCCUCAAAGUAUCGAGGCAGGAGCGUUAAUGGGUAACAACAGAGACAAUAUGAGCUCGAAUGACACCGAAUUGGUUGGUUUGUUGGGAGGUGUGCCACAUACGAUACGCGGAUCUCUGUGGAAUUAUGAUAUGCAGUUAACGAUAACACACAGAUUUACAUCCUGCACGGCAUGUUCUGUACCUAUCAUCACAGAAUAUAAAAAUCGUGGUUUAUCAUUUGUACUUGAUGCGUGUAACAUUCCAAACUAUUUAGAAAAAUUAUCGGGAUUAGAGGAAAUACUUAAAAGGCCCGAUUUAGACGAGCUUUGUUAUACCUUGGAUAACUUGAGCGACGGCGAGGAUGACAACGGCGAACAAUUAAAUGUUAUAUCUUAAAAACUCAUCUAUGCGUCCACGCACUUUUAAUUCAAAUGAAAAUGUCUUAGUUACAUAUAGAAUUGAGACGAACUCUAUGUGAUGAAUAAUUGCAUAAUUGUAUUCGAUAAUGUCAGUAUUCAAGGAUCUGUAUAAUUGAAUUUUAAGAGUGCAAUGCUAUAUUUGUGACGUAUAACCUUGGAAUUGUGAACUGGUAUAGACACGACGUAUAAAUAAAAUUUUUAUACAAAUCGCAGUAUAUAAGAACACGAUACAUAAUGUAAGAAACUGUAAUAAGUUUUUCAAUCUUCUCUUUUAUUGAUCAAAUAGAGGAAACAUAGAGAAAUAAACAAUGAAUAAACCAUUGAA